UAGUCUAAACACACUAUUAGGGAAUCCCCUAACUAUUUCCCAUAGACGCUAUCGAACAGCUUCAUAGCCAAUUCGAUAUAUCGAUAGAGAAAGCACGCGUUCGAUAAGUUACGUUAAACACAACUCUGCCACUUCCUUUUCCUUUUCGCCAAAAACAACCAGCCUGGAAUUUUCUCAAAACAAUACGAGUAAAUGGAAGAAAGCGAUUUUGUUAGAUCGAAUCGGUUUAAAUUCAUGGAGCAUAUUAAGAUUCGGCCAAUUCCGAGGAAUGCAGUCCAGUACGAUGACAAGGCGGACCCGGGAGUGAAGAUGCUGUGGACAAUCUUCAAGAAUCGCACGACGCUCGAGCGUCCAUACUGCAGGCCGAUAGUGAAGUCCAAUGCCAAUGGGGCGAAGAUUCUUAAAUUGCCGAUGGGGAAGCGGAAGCGCCGCUUCCUGCCUCCCAGGGGCGGUCAGCAGUUGACCAAGGAUUCGGUCUACAAUAGCAUGGUCAGCAAGGUUGAUAGAUUUCCAACGGGAAUUGAUUUAAGGAUCACCGUGGCUAGCGUGGAGGAAACCAAAUUCUUUGUGUCCACCUUGGACUCCACUUCCAUGCCCAUUAAGUACCUGUUCUUGGGCAAGGUGCCGCUGCGGGAGCUGGAGCAGCUGCCCGAUUACGGUGAGAUCUUCGCCUUCUACGACGCCGCCGAGAACUGCAUUUCCCGCAUCGUGGUCUACGCCAGUCCCGAGCAGGGAUCCUACGAUGCCUAUCAGCUGGACUUCGGCGAGUACAUCCGCCUGUGCGGCACGGAGCCCAUUUUCCAGCUGCCCGAUCACAUCAAAAAGCUGCCCUCCGAGGCGAUUAGAUGCACCCUAGACACGCCCGGCGAUACGCUCGAGAUGAAGAGCCUCAUUUGCCGCAAUGUUAGGCUGCGAGUGCUCUUCAAUGAUGGCUUCGAUCUGCUGGUGAAGCUGAUCAGGGAUGAGUCCAAGAUCCCAGAGAGAGCCGUGCCCGAAGAAUCAUCGGAGGAAAUGCCGAUGGAUGCCGACGAUAUGGAAGUGGCGGCAGCUUUUGCGGCGACUGUACCUGUGCUACCGAAAGUGGGCAGCACGGUUCGCAUCCAUGUCAGCCACGUGAGUGGUCCCAACGAGUUCUACGGCCAGUUUGUGGACGGCCCGGAUCCGCCGGUGUGGCAGGACUCGGAAGUGCUGAAGGGCCAAGUUGGAUUCAAAGCUUUGGACAUUGUUCUGGCUCAAUUUUCAGACGGCCGAUAUUAUCGUGCCAAGAUCAUGGACAUGACCGAUGGCGAGUACUACGUAUUCUUCGUGGACUUUGGCCGCUCCGCCUUCGCCAACCCAAAUACAUUGGCUCCGUGCCAGGGAGUUGAUAAGAUGCGUGCCUUUCUGGCCUACAGAUUCCAAAUAGAGGGCCUACGAACCACGAAAUUCAUGUUCUACGACAAGACCGCCGAGGGCAUCGCAUAUUUAAAGAAAAAGCUACUCUCCAAGGAGAUUGACGUGACCAUUGCAGCUAUUCAGCCUCGCGAUGGGUUCUUGAUUCGCUUCCAGGGAGAACUGGCCGAUAUGAAGGAGAACCUGGUGAAGCGGGGAUAUGUGUAUCGUGACGAGUGAUGUAUUUCUUUUACAAAUUAUAUAUUUUUUUGUAUACCACCUUAAAUUAAAUCUUUUAAAGAACAGAGGCUUUUUCCAUAAAUAUUAAACCAAAAUUUGUUUUUAAACC